AUGGCAAAGAACAUCGACUCUUUCGAACAACUUACGACCCGAAUCGGACGUCUGCGGAUGAGAAGUGGUCCAACACCAGCUUUGACUAUCUUCGUCGCUUUCGCUCCAACAUCAAGCUACGAAGAAGAAGUCGAAGUUUUCUAUAUGGACCUGGAGAAGUUAUACCGAGAAGAUCAUGCCUUCUACAAGGUCAUAAUUGGCGAUUUCAACGCCAAAGUUGGCCCAAGAAGAACGCCGGAGGAACUUCACAUCGGGACCCACGGCCUACAGUGGAAGAACCAGGGGAAGAGGCUCUUCGAGUCCAUCAUGACAACUAAGACCGUCCAUGGGAACUCGCAAUUCCAGAAGCCCUCUUCUAUAUGCUGGACGUAG